UCUUUAUGUCAUUAUAUCGUUUAUGUCUUUUUGUCGCUAGUUUGAACUAGGAACAGAUCUCACAAGCUAACAAGCUGCCUUUUUGGUUUUAGGUUAAGGAUACAAUUGCGUUUUUUUUUUGGUACAGGAGAGGUGAAGUAUCGUUGAAAAUGAAUUCACUGACCGCACAGUUGUGGCUGGCGCUUUUCAGUUUCUUCGUAGUCAAUGUCACUAGCUCUGGAAAUAUCUGUCGGGAAAGUUGUGAUGUGGAAUUCGUCAAAAUAGGAUGCUUCAAUGACAAGCGGAAUAUUAAGAGGAGAGCUCUACCCAACUAUAUCUACCAGGAGCGUGAUAGACGGCUCACGAAGAACUACGGCGGGAGACGGAUUGAAUGGAAUAACUGGAACAUGUAUUACCCGGGAUUCGCUUGCCGCUGCGCACAAAAGGCCAAAGAGUUAGGAUACGAUAUUUUUGGUCUUCAGUUCUACGGAGAGUGUUGGGCUGGUCACAGCAAUCUGCACAACUAUGCAAGAUAUGGUUCUGCUAAGAGUGGCUGUAUUCAAGACGACUACCUACCCUGUCAAAAGAAUUCUCGUUAUUGCAUGGGUGGACGUUAUCGCAACAUGGUGUACCAGAUUGUGGACACGAGCUGUCCUCAAGUUCCUUUCGAGAAGGUUGGCUGUUUUAAUGAUUUCCAUAUAACCUCAGCCAGACCACUGCCAGAUUAUCUCUUCAACGAUCGGGACGACAGCAUUGACAACUACAGUGGAAGACGAGUUGACUGGGUCAACUGGGAUGUAUAUGUGCCUCAGUUCGCCUGCAGAUGUGCAGCGGCAGCCAAAGCUAAGAAUCAUACAUUCUUCGGCAUGCAGUUCUAUGGAGAGUGUUGGAGUGGCGGAGAUAGUAACGUACUAUAUGAUCGGGAUGGUGUCAGUAAAAGGCUCUGUGUUGACAAGUGUUACCAACCUUGUACUGAACAAAGUAACUUUUGUUCGGGAAAAAACUUUGCGAACUACGUCUACAGAAUAAAGGACGGUUCAUGUGAAAUAAAUUUCACUCCUGUGGGUUGUUACAAGGAAGACGGAAGCGACCUCGCCAUGCAAGAGAUUUUCCACAAUGAAGUGUCGCCAGAGUUGCCGAACUUUGAUGGAAAUGUGCUUCCGGAUUCUAGUGACGACUACAUAGCCGCAUUCCCAGACUUCCUUUGUAAAUGCGCAAGAAAGGCAGCAGAAAAUGAGUGGGGGUAUUUCGGAGUAAGGGAACUAGGGCUUUGCGUGCGCAGCAACCCUACCAUAACGAAUUACAACAAGUAUGGAUCAUCAGACCAGUGUUUUGAGGGCAACGAUGGAAAGAUGUGUGCCAGUGGAUCGAUGUUGUGUGGAGGGAACCAGACGGCGGCUAACUACGUGUACAAGAUAACCCUUCCAGGUGUUGUUGUGCCAUCGAGCGACAUGGCUCAGGAGGACCAAGAUGAGUUUUUCAACCCACGCUUUUUCUAGAACACCAGUCGAAGUCGUCAAACAACUCGAAAAUCAAAUGCACAGGAAUGGAAAUGGACAGAGUAAUGGACCCGACAACUAGCUGUAGAUUUAUGUAGAUCAUUUAGAUACUUCGAUACUUUGUCGAUAUAAGGUUAUAAUGAGACUUAUGGGGCAGUUUAAUAUUUCACUAAAAUCAUAUGACAUUCAGAAAAC